AAUGCCAAUUGUAGAGAGAGAGAGAAAGAGAGAGAGAGAGAGAGAGAGAGAACAUGGUGGAAGCAAUGGCUAUUCUACAAGACCAGAAACAGAGCUCCACUAACCCACUGCUACUGCUACCGCCGCCGCCUCCACCGCAUGAGGGUAUGGCAACCGAAAAGCCGUUUGGGCAAAAACCUCCAUGCCUCCAACUGAAGACUACAAGCAACGUGUUGAAUGCUAAAACUAAUCCCAUUAUGUUGGAAUGUCGUAAACGAAAGACCCCGGUAAGAGUUACAGUAGAAAGCUUAUAUGAGAGCUCCCAAGCUCGGUCUUCUGUUAUGGAAAGAGCAAAGAAGAUCGAAGCAAGCCUAAACCCCAGGUUUCCUUCACUACUCAAAGUUAUGAUGCCGUCACAAGUUUCGGGAGGAUUUUGCCUCAAUCUUGCUACGAAAUUUCGCAGGGAACAUAUGCCAAAACAAGAUUCAAUGAUUGUUUUGGAAGAUGAAAAUGGGAGAGAAUUUGAAACAAAAUAUCUUGUGGAGAAGGGUGGACUGAGUGGUGGAUGGAGAGGGUUUUCAAUUGCUCACAAGAUAAUGAAGGGAGAUGCUGUGAUUUUCCAUCUGGUCACUCCUUUCAAAUUUAAGGUGUAUAUCAUUAGAUCAACUGAAGUGGACUGUAAUUUUCCCCUUAUGAGGGUAGAUCCUCCCAUCAAACAGGUGGAUACGGGAGGCGUUACUGCACGUGGAAAGGAACGUGAGAUUUUGGAACCUAUUCCGCAGGAGAAUGCAAUAGUCUGUUAUACGGACUCUGGUCCAAUAUCAGAUCAGUCUGAAAAUGAUUGUGUAGAUGUUGGUUCUGAAUUUCUGGAUGGUCUUAGACUUUCAGAGUCAGUUGUCACUUUCAAAGAAGUGAACUGUUUGGAGAACUUCAACGUUCAGGUCAAUGGUUUAAUCAUAAACUCUGAAUUUUCAAAAUACAUCAUGACCAAGUAUUAUGAGCUUUGCUGCAGUCAGAACUCCUUCCUUCAUGGACAACUUCUCGAGGGUCUGAACUGUAAACUGAUUGCAGGAGUAAUUUCUGAGACAGUUAACAUUGCAGAUGCCAUCAGGGCCUGCAAGAUCACUAUCCCGGAAGAUUGUCUUUCGACCUGGGAUAAGACUCUGAAAGCCUUUGAUGAUUUAGGCAUGAAUGUUCGGUUCCUGCGUGCCCGCCUGGACCAGCUUGCAAGUUUUGCUUCAAAAUCAAGAAGACCUAAGGAGGCAAAUGUUUUGGAAGUAAAAGAGGCCAUGGAUAGUCGACUUGACUCUGAGAUUGAGACUCCGAAUUCAGAGGAGCAGGAAAUUAUGUUCCAAGAGGUGGCUAAAGCCCCUUGGUGAUGGGAAAACUUCAAAGAAUCUGGUCACUUCUUUUUGGGUGUUAACUUAAAGAUUAUCGUGCCAAAGCUACAUGAGGAAGAAAUGCGCGUCUUGUGCCGUGAUCACUCAGCUUUUUGGUUAUUUUACAGGAGAUGAUCGAUCUAUAGCGGAGCUGCAGUUAUUGUAAUUUGUACUGCAGAUAUUUUGGGUAAUUUUCAUCAAAGAAUAAAGUGCAUUGGUGGCAUCACAAGUGUUUACCUUUGUGUU